AUCCCGUCCCGCGCGCAUCCGCUGCCACGGCUCGUCAUUCAUUCUUAUCCUCCUCCCCACCCCCCCGUUACCUUUAUAGCUUCCGAUCCCCCCCGUUCCGUCCUCCAACCCAUCAUCCUCCCAGCACCCGUGAUUGAACUCCAGCCUUUUACGCUGCGUCCAUCGUUUGGUUUCGUGCGUUGCGUCGUUGUGAUCGUGUGAUCUGCGCGGGAGAUGGAGGCUUACAUGCUGUUCGCACGGAGCAACGGGAGGAGGGAGCAGGAGGAGGACAUCGGCUGCCCGUCCGGGUCCCAGAUGUCGGCGGUGUCGUCGGACGAGGAGCUCGACCUCGACGACGACGCCACCUCCAGCUCCAGCUCCUCGGGAUCCACCGACAACUUCGAGAUGUCUUCCCUCAUGGCGCAGCUGCCGCUCAAGAGGGGCCUGUCCAAGUUCUUCGACGGCAAGUCGCAGUCGUUCGCGUCGCUGGCGGCGGUGGGCGGCCUGGCGGACCUGGCCAAGCCGCCGGGCAAGCGGAUCAGGACGUCGCGGAGCUGCGAGGUCGGGCUGCAGGACACGCACCGCGGGCGCUUCGCGCGGCACAAUGCCGCGGCCUUCAAGAAGGUGUCCAAAGGGCGGCGGCUGUCCGUGCUCGGCGGGGCGCCGGCGCUCCGGCCGCUGACGGCCAGCGCGGCGAGGCCCAAGGGCCUGCCCGUGCGGGCUCCGCUGUUCGUCUAGGAGAUUUCGCCCACAGAUUUGGUUAGUCGCGUCGGUUGUGGCGUGUUCAGGCUUCACAGAGAGCAGUAGGUGCGGGUUGUUACGUGGAUUUUGACAUGGUAACUGACCGGAAGGUGGCCUGCUUUAGUCGAUGGAUGUGUAAAUACAGAACAGAAAUGAGAAGCAUGCCUUGUUCGGUAUCUA